AUGGCCGGCGCCCACGUCAAGUACAGGCACUUGAGCCGUAGCUCGGCGCAUCGCCAGGCUUUGCUGCGCAACUUGGUCACCUCGCUCAUCAAGAACGAGACCAUCCACACCACUUAUCCCAAGGCCAAGGAGGCCCAGCGCCUGGCCGAGAAGCUCAUCACCCUCUCCAAGCGCGACACCGAGACAGCCCGGCGUAGUGCCCAGGGUAUUCUCUAUACCCCCGACAAGCUCCUCCCCAAACUCUUCGGCGAGAUCCGCGAGCGCUACGCCACCCGGCCAGGAGGCUACACGCGCGUGCUGCGCACUGAGCCCAAGGACACGUACUCGCAAGCGCCCUCGGCCAUCCUCGAGCUCGUCGACGGGCCCAAGGACAUGCGCUUCGCCAUGACGGCCGCCACCGUCGCCCGCGACCGCGAGCAAAAGACCGAGAGCACCGAGCUCACCCGCAAGAACAUGGAGAAGGUCACCAAGUUCCGCAAAGACGGCAUGCGCGCCUUCGAGGACAUGGUCGCCAAGCUCAGGGAUAUGAACUUUACCGCCGGUGCGAUAAAUCCCAACGAGUGGAAGAAGCUUGAUCGUUAA